UCUAUAAAACCCCCUCAUGGUCCUGCUGUACUUUCAGACAAAAAAACAAAUAACACAAAGAUGAGUCUCACAGCUAAGGACAAGGACACAGUCAGGACAUUCUGGGCCAAAGUGUCUGCCAAUGCUGAGGCUGUGGGUGCAGAUGCUCUUUCCAGGAUGCUGGUGGUGUACCCACAGACCAAGACCUACUUCGCCCACUGGAAGGACCUGAGCCCUGGCUCUGCCCCAGUGAAGAAGCACGGAGCAACAGUGAUGGGUGGAGUUGCUGAUGCUGUGGCUAAUAUCGACAAUCUGACAGCAGGUCUCCUGGACCUCAGCGAGCUGCAUGCCUUCACUCUGAGGGUGGACCCUGCCAAUUUCAAGAUCCUUUCCCAUAAUAUCCUUGUGGUCUUGGCCCUCAUGUUCCCGAGCGACUUCACCCCUGAGGUCCAUGUGUCGAUGGACAAGUUCCUGUCUGCUGUGGCUCUGGCUCUGUCUGAGAAGUACAGAUAAACUGGGGGGACAGGGAAGGACAGAUGAUAUGCUCCAUUUAUUUUGUCAGCCUUUCAGUUAAUAAAGU